AUGAAUGCUACUAAAGAAUUGACCUUUAAUUUAUUGAACAAAUUUCAAGACAAGGAAAGGUUUGGAUCUGCGCAAAGACAUGCUGGAAUCUCACUAAAAGGGUUCAUAUCCGGUAUAUUGUUUUCCUUUUUAUACUUUUUAUUUCAGUUAUCACUCUUUAUUAUUUUAAGAUCAAGAUUCAAGACUAUAUAUCAGGCCAAUGUGGUACUAAAAAUUCACUCAGGUUCUAAAGUUUGUUUUGCUAAGAAAAAAAUAAAAAGUCAUUGGUCAUUAUUAGCAUUUCUCAAGCGACUUCCAGGAAGAAUGCUAAAUCCUAUGGAAAACUUCGAACGAAACGAAAGGUAUGGUCUAGACAAUUAUUUAUUUUUACGAUUUCUCAAGCUCUUAAUAUUCUUUUUUGCAGUCUUAUCAAUUAUCAACAUUCCAAUAUUGAUUCCAAUUCAUUAUUUUUCCAAGGAUAUUUUGAGAGACAGUGGAGAUGAACGCUACGAGGAGAAUUUCAGGACAACAAGCAAACUUGAUAAAUGGACCAUGUCAAAUCUAUCUCCAAAUUCUUCGAAUACACUAAUUUGUCACUUGUUUUUGAGUAUCUUUGUUGUACUCUGGUUUCACGUCAUCCUUUCUUCGGAGUUAAGGUUCGUUAAUCGACUAGGGUAUUCCGUUUUGACGAAAAGUAAAUACCAGAACAUUCUAUAUUUGGAAGGACUGUCAGGUAAAUUGAUUACCCAAAAUAUUUCUCUGGAAGCUUUCUUUCAACAACUACAUCCUGGUUGCCUGGGUUCGAUACACUUUAUUCCAAAAAACUUGAAGAAAGUCCACAAUUUAGAAAUAAAAUUAAAUAAAUUACAAAAAUCAAAAGAACAAAUUAUUUUUGAGAUCAUCUUAGAGAAAUACUUUAAAAGAAUUUCAAUACACAAGCACUUGAUAACAAAUUACAAAAAAUUUUUCUUUUCAAAGCUGAAAAACCAUUUGUUAUUUCAAUAUAAGAAGCUGGUAUAUUUAUCUCAAUUUCGUAUUUCAUAUUAUUGGACAAAAAUUGGUCUGCAUUGGAAAAGGUCAAACGCAUUCCCGUUAUAUUACCCUAGACCGAGUUUAAAUAAAGAAACCGUAUUAGAAAGGAAAUAUGGAAUCCUUGAUAAAAAAAUAUGCAAGGAAAAACUCAUCAAAUUCCAAAUAAAAUCCUUGAAAACAACUCCAGAAAUCAACCUGUCAUCGCCCGCCGAUAAAUCGCCCGUCGCAAAGAUUUAUAUGGAUAAGGUGUUCAUUAGUUUCAAAUCAACAUUAUUAUCAAACAUUAUAGGUGAGCUACUUUCAUAUAGACUACCAAGCCAAAAUUUAAAAGUGAUAAUAGGGCCUAAUGUUAAUGAUAUAAUUUGGGGGAAUAUCCUCGAUUCAUCGACCUUUUGGAAAAGCGCUAAAUAUUUCUCGGCAAAUAUAUUACGAAUUUUUGUGAUUAUAGGCUGGAUUUUGCCUGUUGCGUUUCUUGGGUUAAUAUCACAAAUACCAAAUAUUUCCUCACUAAUUCCGUUUACAAAAAUAAUUCAUUUUCAAUCUCCAUUUAUAAGAGAAGUAGCAAAGAAUUUAAUUCCAAUAGUAACUUUGAUAAUAAUAAUAGAAAUCGUACCCUACUUUUUCCGUUGGCUGAGUUAUCUUCGAGGCUUGAAAACUGGAGCACAAAUAGAAGCUGAUGUCCAGAAUUGGUAUUUCGUCUUUGUCUUCAUUCACCUUUUUCUAGUGGUUACAAUAUCUUCAGGAUUUUCCAUAAUUAUUGAAAGACUCCUCAACAAUCCUGUCAGUAUCCCUGCUCUCUUAGCUAACGACUUACCCAAAUGUGCAAACUUUUUCUGUUCCUUCGUUUUGAUUAGGGGAAUGGCUUAUGCAGGUGGUAACUUAUUAAGAAUAAAGGAACUUCUCUUUGAAUUGUUCUAUUACAAAUGGAAAAAGAGUAGUCCACACGCCCAAUUUAAAAGAUUAAGGACAUCUUUAUUUUUCCAACUAGGGUCUAUUUAUCCUAUAUUCUCGGUAUUGGGCUGUAUUGGUAUCAUAUAUAGUGUUGUUGCUCCUAUCAUAUUAUUAUUAUGCUGCGUUUCAUUUUCGAUGGUUUUCUUUUCCUUCAGCUACCUGUUCGAAUACCAAUAUAAUAAAGAGAAUUAUUCUGAAACGUUCGGUAAAUUGUACAUACAGGCUCUUAUGCAAUUAUACGCGGGUAUUUAUUUCAUGGAAUUUUGUUUACUGGGGUUGUUUACUCUUUUUGAUCAAUACACAUUGUCAACUAUAAUGCUUGUUGUCUUUGCACUAACAGUAAUUACGCACUCUAAAAUCUCCAGGCAAAUAAGAUCGAAGCCUCAACGCAUACCAACCUUGCGGUACUUGUCGAGCUUAACACAGGAAACAAAGGACCAAUUCUGUCAAGAGAGUUAUAACUUUGAUGAUAUUUUUUCAGUUUUUAGACAUUCGGAUAAAAUUUGGCUCCCAAGGGACAAACUAGGAAUUUCUGAAGAAGAACAAUCUUUUUUGGAGAAGUCGUAUCAUCUGGAAUUCGAUCUUAACAUGUAUUCAAUGAAUUUAUUUGGCGAUUGUCACUUGGAGAACAACCACUUGCCUUAA